CUUGGUCUAGCAGCGAGAAUCUUCGCACUGGUUCGGACGGUCAAUGCUUCUUCCACUCACCUAUCUCAGAUAGUUGCAUUUACGAGUUUCGACCGAUACAUAAACGAGGCUGCUAUUUUGAAUCAUUCGAGUUGUCGUAUCACACGAACCGUUGACAAGGCAAAUUCACGUGAGCUAUCCGUUUCCCCCUCAUCAGCCAACCCUCAAGCAGUCAGGGACAAGCAAAGCAAAAUGCAGGCCUCAGGCAUCACAAUAUCGGCCAAUCAGGAGCUACGACUUUCUCAUGAACAAAUCGACCUCAAGCGCAGCUUCAAUCCCAACUUCCAGCCAUUGCCGCCUCAUGCAAGCAUAAACCAGCCAGCUGAACCCACUCGGCUGCUGUGAACAACACAACGAUGGCUCUCCGGAUACCAGCGGCGUCGGCGCUCCGCUGUGCUUCUGGCCAGAGUUGCCGGCCAACUGCUGUUCGCGCGUUCUCUGUUUCAUCAAUGCACCGUGCAGCAUGGAAUCCACUUAAGACACAGUCUGACGGGAAGGACUCAUCUGGCUUGCAUAAUAUGAGGAACGAACCCCGCGAACCGCAGCCUUUGAAGACCGUCCCCAUCGUCAACCCAGCCGACAAAUUCAAGGAGAAGAGCGAAGCACUGCACAAAUACGGACAGUACCUCAUGUCCUGCCUUCCCAAAUACAUACAGCAGUUCAGCGUGUGGAAAGACGAGCUGGCAAUCCACAUCCCGCCUUCGGGCGUCAUUCCUGUCUUCACUUUUUUGAAGUAUCACACAGCUGCCGAAUACACCCAAGUCAGCGAUAUCACUGCUGUUGACUACCCAACCAAAGAUCAGCGCUUUGAAGUUGUGUACAACCUUCUAUCCGUGCGCCACAACUCGCGUAUCCGCGUUAAAACCUACGCUGACGAGGCCACGCCCGUGCCUUCCAUUUGCGACCUAUAUGACGGUGCUAACUGGUACGAGAGGGAAGUGUACGAUAUGUUCGGUGUCUUCUUUGUAGGCCAUCCGGAUCUUAGACGUAUCAUGACAGAUUAUGGAUUCGAUGGGCAUCCAUUGAGGAAAGAUUUCCCAAUGACUGGUUACACGGAGAUACGAUACGACGAGGAGUUGAAGCGUAUUGUUGUCGAGCCAUUGGAAAUGACCCAGGCGUACCGCAAUUUCAGAGGAGGCUCGAGUGUGUGGGAGCCUGUUGGACCAGGUGAUGACAACACUCCCGAUUCUUUCAAACUUCCAACACCUAAGCCAGAACCCCCAAAAGAAGGUGAGCAGAAGAAAUAGCUGUGAGAACAAGGAACGCAGAAUGCAUAUUCUUGUAAGGCUUUGUACAUAGUAUCUGCUACACCUUUAGAUGUAAAGUCAAAUUCUUUGUUACAAACUUAUGGCCAGCCAUCUGCGGUCUCGGAUUUUAUGCUUUUAUGCAGAAACAGGCUUUAUCAUGCCUUCAAAGUGAAUCGUAGCUCGAGUGGCAUUUAACAUACAGGACCGGAAAGAUAUCGCGUUGAAUGAAUUUGCUACUGUCUUUCCCUAAGUACCUCCCUUUUCUUCUUUUAUGUCUUCCACAUCAACUAUAAGCUGUACUGUAGACGGGGCCACAUUUUAUAUAGCGGUCUGCAUUUAGUGCCGUCAAUGACACCAUCACAGAAACUAGAUGUUGAGUCUAUGUGACUGUCAAAUAUCCC